AUGUUACCAAUGGAAAAACGUCAUAUUUACGAUCAAUUUUAUACCCCGGCUUUGUAUCGUGCCGAAUUUGAGGCUAAACCAAUGGUUCUAUUCCUUGGCCAGUAUUCGGUGGGUAAAACAUCAAUGAUUAAAUUUUUGCUGAAUGGAAUGGAAUAUCCGGGUAGUAUGAUUGGACCGGAACCGACUACAGAUUGCUUCACAGUCAUUUAUCAUUCCGCUAAUGCAAGUACUGUUAUGGGAACAUCUCUUGCAUCUGAUAACACAUUACCAUUUCAGUCAUUAAAUAUGUUCGGUUCGUCAUUCUUGACGCGAAUGCGUGGUGCAACACUCCCGGCUAAAUUACUUGAAUAUAUCACUUUCAUGGAUACACCCGGAAUAUUAUCCGGUCAAAAGCAGCGUUCAUCUCGUGGUUAUGAUUUUGCAUCAGUCGUAAAUUACAUUGCUGGGAAGGUUGAUAUGAUUGUGCUUUUGUUUGAUACUUCAAAAUUGGAUAUCAGCGAUGAAUAUAAGCAAGUGAUACAAUGUCUCAAAGGAAAUGAAGAAAAAAUUAAAAUAGUGCUCAAUAAGGCAGAUCAGGUGGGAGCAGCAGAGCUUAUACGAGUAAGAGGUGCUCUGAUGUGGAGUUUGAGCCGAAUCCUUGAAUCACCGGAAGUUCCUAAAGUUUUCAUCGGUUCCUUUUGUACUGAAGAUUCCAGGGACGCAAUUAGUUCUGAAGUGCAUGAAAUUUUUACACAAGAAUAUAUCGAUUUCUUCGAUGAAUUAAAAUUACUUCCAUCGGGUUGUAAUGUGCGUAAGCUAAACGACGUGAUCAAACGUGCCAAAAAAUUGAAAAUUCACGCACUCAUCAUGGAGAAUCUUCUUAAGAAGAUGUGGUGUAAGUCAAAUGGUGAACUGAAGCGUGUUGCAACACAACGUAAUAUGCUUCGAAUUUUGGAAGAUUUUAGGCAACGUUUGCGUGUUGCAGAAAGCGAUUUACCCGACAUAAUGCAAUUUCUGGAAAGGGCCCGUUUGUCAUACAUCAAAGGAUGGAAUAAAGUGGACGAGGAAUUGAUGCGUAAUUUGGAUCAAUUCAUCAGCGAUGAUAUACCCAAAAUGGUAGCAGCUGUGCAAAGCAAAGAUCAAAAGAUCAUGAUUCCGAGUGUCCUUGAAGAUUUAUACGUAAAUCUAAUGAAUAAAAGAGUACUGAAAGAGAAGAAAACGAAAAGGCAUAGGAAAUCCAAAUCAGACAAGCCGGAAAGAGGUACACCGGAAUUCAAAGAAGAUAAAUCGAAAUCUAAAGAAGACAAACUAAAAUCUAAAGAAGAUAGACAGGAUUCUAAUGAAGACAAAGCAGACAAGCAGAAUAAAGAUGUCAAUAAAAAUAGUGUAACGAAUUCGAAAUCCGUAAAAGAAAACCAGAAAAAGGCAUAG